AUGGCUACGCUGCCGCAAAGAUCAUGCAGGUUCCUGGCCUUCUUUGCAGUUUACCUUAUCAUCGGGGAAGUGCGCGGAGCCGCCCUGGACAUGGGUCAGUGGACUGGCGGGGGCUGGUACAUCCAGAAUGAUGGAGUGAUGGGUGGUAGGUCCAGUGGUGCUCUGGAGCUCGCAGAUACUGGAGCGAAGUUUGAGGGAAGUAUCAAUCUCAACGGAGGAGGCUUCGCCUCUUUUCGACGAAGCUUUGCUGCGAGAGAUCUGACUUCUUACGCUGGACUUUGGGUUGAGUUUGACACUUUGCCAGAGGACAGCAUUGUUCCCCUGGCGGUUCACAUCGCACUGAACGACGCGAGCAGGUAUAAUGAUUUCGGAGCUGCGAUUGCUCUUCCACCUGGACCUGCUGGCUCCACCUUCUCGGCGUUUCUCCCGUUUUCGUGGUUCACGAAGCAGACGCGAUGGUCUUGCGGCCACGAACCUGCAUUAAGAGGCCGGUUCUGUGUCUUAUUCUUUUGCUGA